AAUAAUGUCAGUGUUGUGAUGUCUCCUACCUGGGCCUGUCCCUUCCUCCACCAUCUGAGUUUUAGACUUUGUAUUGACGCUAUUCGCUUCAAGUGGAUUUUGUAUACCGGUUUCUAUGGGAUAUGUGCUUUGAGCAUGGUAGCAAUCGGUGGUAAGAUAUCUAGAUCAGACCAAGAUAUAUAGAUCUAGAUUCUAGAUCUAUAAUCUAGAUCUAGAAUCUAAUUCUAAUUGAGUGAGGUCCACAUAAAAUUUUGGAGUUCGCUUGGCAAAAAGUUCAGACACCCCGUGAAGGACUGUGAAGUGGAGGAGACGAUUGGCGCUGAGGAAAUACUCCACAUGUGGAAGUGAUGUGUGUACCACUGGCUGCUCUCACAGUUUGGGAAAGUAACAAAGGCGGACAUGUCAGUGACACAAGCUCAGCACAGCAAUAGCAACCCUGCCUGGAAGAAAUGCAACUUCUGCAGAGAUGUUUACAUUUUCAAAUCCCCUCGUGACUUCAAUCAGCACUUGCGGGAUUUCCAUUGCUCCAAAGAAGGUGGAUCGUAUGUGUGCCGUUACGGCAUGAAUGGUGUUUGCCCAUCUCUUCCUUUGGAAGGUGUGAGUGACAGGGAUUAUGAUGACCAUGUAGUCAGGGACCAUGUGCAUACUAAUUAUGGUGGAGCACGUAGCAAGCAGCUGGAGCGUCUCAGCCAGGAACAAUCACAGUAUGAACCCCAAGUGUCGGGGAACUCUGACCCCAACAUUGUGCAGGACCAGUAUAAGUGGACCAUCCACAACUCCACUGUCAACAUGCCGGCGUUGCUCAAUGACCCGAGGCUGGUCAAGCGAGAGACAGAUUUCUUCACCAAGACAUGGGGUCAAUCAUUUGAGAAGGUGGAGAUUCUCCCCUCGCCAUACGUCCCAGAAAUUGGCCCGGAGCAUUUUGAGAAAUACUUUAGGAAAACGUCUGCGAGAUUAAAGAAACACUCAAGGAAUAAGACGAGCCUUACAAGUGCUCAAUCUGGCGGGAGAGAAACCAUCCACUCACACCAUCUCAAGCAGUUAGAGCAAAGCCGGGCAGAAUUAGAUCAAAUUAAGUUGUUCAUGUCAGCUCAUUUUAGCCUAGAAAACCCUGAUGUGUUCAACACUGUGUUCCCCUGGACUCAGAUUGAAGAGUCGAAAUCCUCACAACAGCAAGGUCAGAAGCAGUCAUCAAAAUUACUCCAGGAAAAACUGAGCCAUUACCUGGACAUUGUGGAAGUGCGAAUUGCACGACAGAUCUCCCAGAAGUCGGAGGCAUUCUUCCAUGCUAUGACAUCACAUGAUGAGCUGCAGGAGAAGCUCACUCACACAGUACAAUGUAUCAAGAGACUCAGGGAAUGCAUGAAUACGUUAGAUGAAAAAAUGGCGAAAGAGUCUUUACGCGUCAUGAAGCUUUCUCGAGCUAGAGCAAACUACAUGGCACUUUUUAACAAGCUGAAAAUCAUGGCUUCCAUUCAUGAAACUCAACCUACCAUCCAGCGUCUGCUGUCAAAUAACGAGUUCAUCGGAGCUCUGGAUUUGAUCUCCACAUCCCAGGAUGUUCUCAACAAAGAUCUGGCUGGUAUUCACAGCUUUAGACACUUAGGCUCACAGCUGGCAGAGAUGGAGAAACUGAUUGACAAAAUGCUUCAGGCAGACCUCAGUAAAUGUGUCACAAUGGAGCUGAACAGGCCCGUCUGUGAUACCAUGAUGCUGGCGGAGGAGGAGCGUCUUGUUUCCAUAUUAUUUGGUAUGCUCAGGCAGCAUAAAUUCAACUUUAUUGAUGUGUACAGAGAGGAAGCUUUUACAGCUUUGAAAGCCGUUGUCAAACAGACUGUAGUGGAGGCUGUGGCUGUGGCUGAUGAUGUUGACACCGAAGGGAACGCGGGAAGUUUGGCCGACCAAAUGAGAUUACUCAAUUACUCACAGUGGAUGAACUUACUGGGCAAUGUGUUCUCCAGCCUGAUGGUGCUUUUGAACCGAGUGAAGGCAUUUUAUGGCGUGGUUUCUGACAUUGUUGGUAUAGCUGCGGGGAGGACAAAGGCUCCCUCUGUGACCACGCCCACCUCCGAGGACGCCCCUGAGCUGAACGAACCGGAACAUUUGCAAGUCUCUGUGAGUGAGGAUGUGGAUGUAAUGGUUACAAGUGCAGAACACGACAAGGUCCAGGCCAGCCUCAAGGAGAUGCUCAACUCAGUCUGUGAUUAUGCUCACGAUAGAUGUGUCAAGGUGAUGACAGCACGUGCAAAGGAUGGUUUCCUGGAACGUCUGUCCUCUGCGGAGUUUGUGGCACUGUCACGGGAUAUCGAGGCGUUUGUCUCGGACACGGAGCAAGUAUGCGGCCGUAAGAGUAUGUCCUUGAGGGGCAUUCUACAAACUCAGGCUAACAAAUUUGUUGCUCGAUUCCAUGAAGAAAGAAAAACAAAACUCAGUUUGAUUUUGGAUAAUGAACGCUGGAAGCAGGCGGAUGUGCCAACGGAGUUCCAGGAACUAGUGAAUCAUAUUGUGAUUUCAGGAACUUUAACUCUGCCGGAGAAGAGAUCAGAAUCAGGAGAAAGCAAACCCACGGAGUGUCUUUGUGUUGGGGAAGAACAGUUUUCCGUUGUGGGGACGGUGCUGAUGCUGAUCAAGAUGAUGGUGGAGUACUGCCAGUGUGUUGUAGACAUUCCCUCUGCGACUCCUGACCUUCUCACUCGGCUUAUUGACCUGCUCAAGAUGUUCAAUUCGAGGACUUGUCAGUUGCUGAUUGGGGCUGGAGCAAGGCAGUUAGUGGGCCUGAAGACCAUAUCAACCCGAAAUCUUGCUCUAGCGUCUCGGUGUCUACAACUGGUCGUUCAUUUCAUUCCCAAAGUCAAGGAUCAUUUCCAGCAGACGCUGCCAGGGAAGAGCUCCAACAUGUUGAAAAACUUUGAGAAGAUCACAAAGGACUAUGAUGACCAUAUAGAGGAAAUCAACCACAAAUUGGUCAGUAUCUCAGAGAACAUGGCUGAGGCUCAGCUUUCCAAAUAUGAAGUGAAAGCCCCGAUGCCAUCCCAGUGUUUCCGCUCUAUCUGCAAGCAGAUGGCCAAGCUUCAUGAGGCGCUGGUGGGCAUCUUGCCCCUGCCUCAGAUCAGGCUCUUGUUUGAGAGAAUGAAUGAGUCUUUCAUGCGUAUCCUGGGCCGGCGUCUGGUGGUGUUGGGCGUCUCCCACGACGGAGGACCUCAGUGUGGACUUGUGAUCUCCGACCUCGUGUUCUACUCAGGGAGUUUUAACACGCUCAAAGGCCUGGACGGUCUGGUGCAGAACACCAAGGCCGUGUGGGACAUCAGGUGACGGACGGCCCCACUCGGUCAGCUGUCACUCCCGUGCAUCAGCUUUCCCAGUCCUGCUGCUUCUGUGGCUGCCUCUAGUCCCGUUUGGCGAGUGAAGGAAACAACUUGUGACUGUGAUAACGUUGCUGUGGGGGCGGGGGGCGGAGGAGGCAGCUGUCUCACUGUAUCUCGGAGUGGUGGAAUCAUGACACUGGUAGCUCGCAGCCACUCAAAGUGGGGUGUUUCCUGAAGUUUGGGACUUCAUUGUAGUCCCAGAAAGUCAAAUGUGAUGUGUCCACUUUUGGGUUGUGUCAAAUAUUUUAGAAUAUAUAAGAAGGAAUACUCCAUUACUGCUUUACUGUCAAGCACCGAGUAUUAUUGCUGGUCAAAGCAAACCAGCCAAGUCCAUGCAAGCUUACCCUUCAAGUCUCGCUAACAAAUAGUGAAUUCACCAUAGUACCCUGGAAAAUGUCUGAGAACAGGCAAAGUGAGCCAGUAAAUGCCAUAAAUCUAUACCUUGUUAGAAAGCACAGUGUAAAAAAGAAAUAGAGCUUAUUUGUGAAGGAGUUGAAAUGUUUGGCGGUAUAAAAAAACUGGGAUAAAUGAGUUACAACAGCAUCUCAAAUUGUGGCCGAUUUAUUCAGCUUCUACAUCACAGAAUGAAACCUAAGGUUGAUUUACUUGGCCGUUGACACUUGAAUAGAUGGUUACAUUUUCCAGGUAAAUCCAGAAAUCGGGAUCUUGUACAUGUGCUUUAGGGAUCAGAAGUGUUUUCUUCUUUAGCUUGAUAUUCAUACCUCUCUUAGGAAAUCAGAUGCAGGAAGCAAAGUGUUUAAAAAAA